AUGCUACUCCAAGCUAAACAACCGACCGCCCGUCUUCUAUCAACCGCAAUUCAAUACGAUAUGAUCGUGAUUGGAGGUGGAUCAGGAGGACUGUCAUGCUCUAAAAGGGCCGCUGAGCUUGGAGCAAAAGUGGCAUUAGUUGAUGCAGUCGAACCAACACCCAACGGAUAUUCAUGGGGAAUCGGAGGCACAUGUGCCAAUGUUGGGUGUAUUCCAAAGAAACUCAUGCAUCAGGCGGCGAUUGUUGGGAAAGAGCUAAAAACCGCGGAAACAUACGGUUGGAAAGGGUUGGAUCAAUCGAAACUUAGUCAUGAUUGGAGUACACUCACUAAAGUGGUCCAUGAUAGAAUUAAAGGAAACAAUUGGGUUUAUAAGGUCCAGUUGAGAGAUAUGGGAAUCAAGUACUACAAUGCGUUUGCCGAGUUCGUCGAAGGAGGAAACGUUCUCGUUACCACUGCUGAUAAAAAGAAAACACAGACUCUCCUCUCUGCUCCAAACAUCAUCCUUGCCACUGGUCUCCGUCCACGUUAUCCCGAUGUUCCUGGAGCUCUGCUUGGAAUCACUUCUGACGAUCUCUUCACACUUUCAAAGCCACCUGGAAAGGUUCUAGUAGUAGGUGCUGGAUACGUGGCAUUGGAAUGUGCCGGAUUUCUGACUGGAAUCAAUCAGGACGUUGAAGUUUUAAUUAGGUCAAGACCAUUGAAGGAAUUCGAUAAGGAUUGUGUGAAUUUUGUUAUGGGACAAUUGAAAUCGACAGGAGUUAAAGUGAAAGAAGGCGUGGAAGUGGCAAAAGUGGAGGAGGUUGGAGACGGGAAGAAGAAGGUGUAUUUCACAGAGAAUGGCGGUGUUGGAGAGUAUGAUACAUUAAUCUGGGCGGCUGGAAGAGAACCAAGGAUGGAUAAAUUAAAGUUGGAUUAUGCUGGAGUUGAGAGAAGUUCCAAAAGUGGGAAGAUUCUGGCUGAUGAGUAUGAUAAAACUUCAGUUGAAGGUAUCUUUGCCGUUGGCGAUAUUGUAGAGGGUCGGUUGGAAUUAACACCACUUGCCAUCCAAUCUGGACGUCUUCUGGCCGAGCGUCUCUUUGCUGGAUCCAAACAGACCGUUUGUUUCGAUGGAAUCGCCACUACCGUAUUCACUCCGUUAGAGCUGUCUACAGUUGGAUUAACUGAAGAAGAAGCUAAGAAGAAAUACGGAGAAGAUGGAAUUGAAGUGUAUCAUUCGCAUUACACUCCAUUCGAAUACAUUGUUCCACAAAACGAAGAUAAAGCCUACUGCUACGUCAAAGCGAUUUGUUUGAGAGAUGACACACAAAAAGUGGUUGGACUCCAUUUCGUUGGACCCAAUGCUGCCGAGGUUAUGCAGGGAUAUGCUGUGGCGUUCCGUGUCGGAAUCUCAAUUUCCGAUCUUCAACUCACUGUUGCCAUUCAUCCGUGCUCGUCGGAAGAAUUCGUUAAACUUCAGAUUACGAAACGAUCUGGAAAGGAUCCACGUGUUCAGGGAUGCUGGGUCUUCUGGAGAUUCUUCAAAUAUGAACGAAAUUUCAGAAGAUAA